GAUACCCAAACAUUCAUGGCUGAAAUUUGCCUCAUCACUGGAGAGUGAUCUGCUGGUGGACGGAAAACAUUAUAACCAAACUUAGAUUGUUAAAUUAAUUUUAAUAAUUGCGUGAACUUCUUGUACCCAGUGGAAAUACUAAUUCAAAAUUAUGCCAGAAUUGGUAAUUUAACGAAUAAGAAAGAAAUUAAACUUAUCUUUAUUGACAUUUUUUUACUUUUAUUUAACAAAACAAAAAUUAAUAAAAAUAAAAUUUUAUUAAAAAAUGAUAUUAAAAAACACACUAUAUUUAGUAUUUAGCACCGGGUAAAUAAAUAGGCUAAUAAAUACUACAAAAAAGGCCUGGGGCCUAACUUUUUUAAAACUCUACUAAACAUUAUUUCUAUUAUGUAUUCCUUAUUAACUUAUUAUAAUUAUAUGCAGCAUGCACAACUGAAUUUUUUAAUAAUGAAGUAUACUCUACAGUAUUAUCAGCAUAGUAUUUGUAUAGCUACAGACUAAAGACUGAUUUCACUUUUACUUUUAGAGCUAGGCUAGGCUUUAGACUUUAGUCAACUUAGUUAUUCAAUUCUUAUACUUAUAUUAUUUUUUAUGAAAUUGAUUGUAGUAAAUGUACAGUAUGUAUUCAUUCCAGGAUUCCAGCACAUAUAAAUAAUAUUUAUAAUAGUAUUAAUACAAAUUCACAAGACAUUUUUAAAAAUAGAAAAACUAAAACUAUUCAAAUGCAAUUUUUGUUUUAAAUAGAAGAAUUUAAACAAUUUAAUGAGUGAAAAUAAAAUUAUGCAUAGUUCUCCCCCAAGGUAACAAUGAAGUUUUUUAAAAAUAACAAUUCCACGAAAAUGGUUGCGGAACAUGAAUUCAUGUAAAUAUGAAGGGAAAAGAUCCACGUUUUCCACAUUCUGUGUGUGGACAUCAGCAUCAUCUCGAUUAACAAAAUUUCGUUGAUGCACCAUCGUAGUGCUGAAUUAGGGUCUGACAAAUUCGGCAGUAGUGUGGACAGCCGCCAUACUUCUUCGUUUCAUAUCUAAUCAGUAUCAAACACUUCUUGCAUCGGCACUAUUGUAGUCUCUCCUCUUUUUCUUCCUGCCAUAUCAGUAACUUAAUAGUUAUAAUUAUUUAAAUGUAUUGAAUUGAGCUAAAUAACUUUAUACAGGUGCGAAACCAUUAAUGAACACCAAUAUAAGAAUAAUUGUGUAAAUAGCCCUUCCAACCGAAACAACUGGAUUUUUUCUUGGCCGACGCUCAAGUGGUAGAUUACCUAAUAAGCUGACUCCUCUGGACACUAACUAAAGUCAGAAAUACAUUACUAGUUACUACCCAAAUGUGUUUUAAUCUUAUCAUUAAAGUUACAAGGCUGCCGAAAUGAAUAUGGAAGUUUGGUCAUUUUUAAGUUUAUUUUAAAACCCUCCCACCCCCUUACCACAUUAUUUCAAGUCAACCAGUUAACCAACUACCUAUACUGGCUAUAGUAUAGCCACUGUAGCUUCUUUAGAUUCCAUUUAAAAAUACUUUGCAUGAAACCACUGAAUCUUUCGUAUGUUUAAUUGUUAUUAUAUGUUAUUGUCAAUUAACAAGUUUUUAAACAAAAUUACUCAAUGUUACAGUAAAUUUACAUUUGGUGCACCACUCAUUUCCCAAGGCAGCCAUCUUAGUUGCCUUGACAGCAGAUGUGUCAUGGCAACCAAGAUGGCCUGCUCAAAUGCGUAGAAGAAAAAAAAAGAGAAUGUGCUGUUUUAGCUACUUACCGAGAAAAACAAAACGUUAAAAUUUAAUUUAAAAAAUUUUGAGAAAUACCUUCAAUACUAAAAUCUCCUACUCUAUCUAACCCAAAUACUAAAUCAGGAUGCAUAACUCAAGCCUAAAUGUACCCCUAAAUUUAGUCCCCUCUUACUUAAGCUUAAAUUUACACCUAAUUUUAAAGCUUAAAUUUACACCUAAUUUUAAUCACCCCCCCCCCCCCUUUUAAAAUCUAUUCUAAUGUGUACAAUAAAACCUCAUGUUCAUGUGCUACAAUUACACUCUGUACUGUAGUGAGAAACUUAAAAAUUAAAAAAAAAAUAUAUUAACAUUAUUUUUAAAAUAUUCAAAAUGCUGAAAAACUUAGUUUUCUUGAAUACAUUUUUACAAUCUUAAAUGCAGGUUCCACUAAAAAUGAAAUCCAAAAGUUGUCUGAAAAAUCAAUAACUAUUUUCCAAAAUGGCAAAAAAUUUAACCUCAUUUAAAAUAUAAUUAAACACUGAAUGAAAUAUUAAUUUAAAAUAUCGGUGUAUUGGUAUUUAAAAAAAGAAGAGUUACUCUAGUAACAAUCCAAGAAUUAACACGAGGGAUAUAAUCCUACACAGAAACUCAAAUUGUGCCAAUCGCAAAUUAGCCAAUGUUUCUUGCAACUAAAAGCUGUGAAUAUAGGACAUUUUAUUGAUUCAAUUGGCCAGGGCAAAUUCUGGUUGAGGUCUAAACUUUUGUUUAGGUCAGAGAAUGAAACAUAAAUAACUUUAAUGGAUUUAUAUAUUUUGAUGUUCAAUUUUAUUAAGAUUCCUGAUAAUUUUCUUUGAAUUAUGUUCGUUUAUUCCUCUCAAAAGCAAAUGUCAAUAUAAUGUACAACUUUUCACUUACAGGGUUCUAGAUUAUUAGCAUUAAUCAUCAUGAUUCUUUACAAUACUCUAUGUAUUGUUGAACAUCACGGAAGUAGCGCAUAUAUUUUUAUUCUCUUCAUUUCUACAAGAUGCAUAUUUUGUUUUUGCAAGCAUCAAAUAGUGUUAAUCUUUUCUUAUACUAUCAGCUUUUACCGGGGAAGCAUCGCGACAAGGUACAGUUGGCGAUUAACCACAAGGUGUGAUGCCUGCUGAAGGUUCAUGCUGUGGACUGCUGGGGUGUCCUUAACAUUCUAUCCAUUUACCUUUUCCAUGUCCAUGUCAUCUUCCAUUUAGCUCUUCUCCUUUUAGUAACUUGAGCACUUUAUACCCACUGCAGUGUUGUUAGGCCUAUAACACCUUGAACUUCAUUUUGAACGAAGUUUUAGGUGUAACCUAUCUUGUUGCUAAUUGUAAUAUAAAUUGCCUCACAUCAGUUAAUAAAUUAUUUUCAUUUAACUAAAUACAUUUGUUUGUAUUUUAUAUGCAUCAGGUUAUUCGUAUACAGUCUCCAGAGCACGGGACCAAGCGAAUUGAUGCACAGAGCUCUGAAACUAUGACGUCAUUUCUUGAACGGGUUUGUAACAGAAUUAAUAAACAGAAUUAAAUGACACUGAUAUUAUUGGAGAUCCUUUCAGUUGUUUCACACAUAAUAUUACAAUUUACAAUUACAAUUUUGAAUAUGUUUGUAAUCAUAUGAACAUUUAUUUCAGGUUCAACAGUUAUUUUUUCUUGGAGAUACAGGAUGGGAGCUAUACAAGGAAAGAAAUAAAAAAAACUUUCUGCGUGCAUCACGCUCAAAAAAACUAAGUGACUACCAGAUUAAGUAUGUACCAAAAUUUUUUAUGCACCUGCUUAUCAAUCUGAUUAAAUGCUAUUUAAUUAUACACCUACUUAUCAAUCUGAUUAAAUGGUAUUUAAUUAUACACCUGCUAAUAAAUCUGAUUUAAUGGUAUUUAAUUAUACACCAUCUGAUGAAAUGGUAUUUAAUUAUACACCUGCUUAUAAAUCUGAUUAAAUGCUAUUUAAUUAUACACCUGCUAAUAAAUCUGAUUAAAUGCUAUUUAAUUAUACACCAUCUGAUGAAAUGGUAUUUAAUUAUACACCUGCUUAUAAAUCUGAUUAAAUGGUAUUUCAUUAUACACUGCAAUAAUAACCUAAUUCUCCCGUAUUUUAUCAAAAGUGGUCCUGCUUAUUAAGUUUUUAUAAAACUGCUGCUUUGCGAUACAACUACGAAAUAUUUUUACCCACUUUGUCAACCAUGUGUUGCAUUUGUACAUGCAUUUCUUUUACUAACAACUGCAAAGUGUAAUGACUAUAAUUAUAUAUUGUAUAAAGUUUAGAGGGCUUCAUAAGAUCUAGUGGGGGGUUUUUUUCUGUUAAAAACAAAUAAUAUUUUUAACUCCCAAUUUAAAUAAAAUAUGUUAUUAGUGGAAGCUGGUUGACAGGUUCAGUUAGACUCUGUACAAACACUUUCUUGCUCUCAGGCAUGGAGACAUGCUGUUCAUAGAAUUCAGCCAGAAAGCAAGGGCAGAGGCGGCAGCGGCUGUAGCUGCAGCUGAUUUCCCAACAAACACAUCCAGUGAGACAGGUCUGGCUAGCCUAGUGCCUGAUGUCGUGGAAGAUGAGGUGGACAGAUUAUUAAGGGAAGAAGAUGGAAAAAUUUAUAGGAACCGAAAUGAGCAGUUGUAAGUUCUGUGCUGCAUUACAGACAAGUCACCCUAUUUUUUAAGUCUGUUUGACAUGUGAAGCUUGUAAAGAAUUAUUUAUUUUUAAAUCGCUACUUAUAAUAAAAUCAUUGUCACCAAUUUUUUCUCACAUAGAAGAGCAGCAAUUAUAUUGGGAGAUCAUUUACCUAUGAUCACAAAUAUUAGUGGUUAUAGUUUUAGAUUUAACUAUGUUUUCCUUGUAAUAAUGCUUCUCAACUAGUGUACAAUUAUUAAGAAGUGGGCCCCAUAUAUUUAAAAGGUUAUCAAAGCAACUUAUGUGUUAACCAAAGAUUCUAAUCAAAAGCAACAAAUGCAAUAAAGGAGAUUUGUUUUGUUUGCUGUGAUGCAUACUUGGGGAUGCACUGAGGAAUGUCUCCAAAUAUUUGACUUUAUUCUUCACAUUUUCUUUUUUAAUACUUAGGUGUAGGCAUGGGCCUCAAGGUAAAUGCCUCCAUUGUGUUCCACUCGAGGUAUUUAUAGUCUUUUAAAUUUUAUAACAAUCAAUUAACGUUAAAGCAGUUACAAAAUUAUGUCAUUUGUCUUUUUUUUUCUUAGACAGUUUGCUUAAAUACCGGGCUGUCUAGAUCAAAAUCAAAACUUGGCAGCCCUAUUUGUAAAGCAGCUACUUGUUUGAGUUGAACUGGUUUUGUGUAAACAUUUUGUCUUGACCAGUUCUAGGACUUAUUUGGCUAUAAAACAAUUAGAUCAAUGUACUAAAAUGUGAAGAAAGAUUAAAGUGUUGGUGUUAUGUAUAAAAUAUCCCUGUAUAGUUGUUGUUUUUAAUGCAAAUGCCCAACUAAUGUGUGUCAAUGCAAUGCAAUCUUCUUCUCUUGGGGACAGCCUUAUGAUCAGGAGUUUCUCAGCAAAUGUGAUCCACCAAUAAAGUUCUUGUCUUUCCACUCAUACAUAAGAAAGCUUACCGGUGGUGUCGACAAGUAAGUCUUUAUGAGAGCACCUCCUAAAAAACAAACUUUCUGUAUGUUUUCUAUCCAGAAGUUAAUUAUUGAUUUUUUAAGUAACUGUUGUGAGAGGAGAAAGCAUUGCCUGAGUUAAAUGGGCAAUACAUGAAUUAAACAGGCAACGCAUGAGUUAAAUGGGAAAUGCAUGCUUAGUGAGAUUUUAAAAAAUGAACAUUAAUAUUCAUGUAUAUAAGAUGUAUCUUUAGAUGUAACACUACACUAUGGUUUUCAGUUCCCACCAACACGCAUCAAAGAAUUCAAUGCGGAAGCAUUCCUUUCUUUCUCCAAUUAGGCUUUGUCAUUUUUAUUGCAUCUUGAAAAAUGAAUUGUUAAUAAGUUUUUGUUUUUUUGAAGAUAUAACAUUUUUCCUGAAGGCAUUAUGACCCAUACCUUGAAUUAUUUUAACGUACGCAUUAGAUGGUGUUGAUUACAGCUUUAAAAAAAAUAUCUACAGUAGGACAAAAGUAAUUUAAAAAUGUAUAUUAGUUUCAUUUGUCAUACAGGGGGAAAUUUGUGAACCUGGAAAACUUGAGUUGUAAAAUAAAGCCAGGCUGCAAGGAACAUCCACCUUGGCCAGGUGGUAUUUGUACUAAGUGUCAACCAAGUGCAGUGACUUUGAAUAGGCAGGUAAGAUGGUAAAAACCAUGUUCAUGUGCUUUUUAGGAAACACAUUCAGCACAAUGCUUGUGGUUAAGAUAAAUGUUUUGUGAAGGGAUGAAGAUGAGAAAGAGAGAAUUGAAGAAGAAGAAAAUGUCUAUAAAUUAUAAUAGCUGUGUUAGUUCAUUUAUUUGAAUUGUGAAACUAGAAUAAAAAAUUUCCUAGCAGCCUUGGUCUUUGCAUUGUAACAAUUACUUAUACUGUGUAUUGCUUUGCUCAAAGUUAAGCUAGAUAUAAUUGAGUGUUGAGUCAAUGUUUUUUUAUUCACAAUAAAAAGUUUCUGUUCUUCAUGCAAAUAAUUCUACUAAUGCUUAAAUUUUCUCAUGAUCUAUGUUAGCCUUUAUGAGCAUAUUUAGACUUCAACCAGUGCUUUAAGAUAAUUUAUACUUUCAUAAUAUUUUUUCAUAAAAUUUUUUUUUUACAUUAGCUCUUGAAGUGCGACAUACUGCAACUCACUUGAUGUGUUUACAUGAAGAAAUGUUGACAUGUUCAAAUGAACAAAAUUACUUGUUUUUUUAUACAAUAGGGUCUUCUUUUUUCAUGAGACUUUUUGUGACACUUUAUCCACAGGAAUACAGGCACGUUGACAACAUUAUGUUUGAAAAUCCAGCAGUCGCUGACAGGUUUCUUAAUUACUGGCGCUUCUCAGGAUGCCAACGCCUCGGCAUUUUAUUUGGUCGCUAUGAGAUGUUUAAAGAUGUACCUCUGGGUAUCAGAGCCAGAGUGGCUGCCAUUUAUGAACCGCCACAGGUAACCCACCAAACUUUCAUACCUAUUUAAUUUUUUUUUAAGUGUUAGAUUUAAUCACUCCCACCACUUGCAAUUGUUCUGUUGCCAUUUUUACCAGUUUCAGUAAUAUAGAAAGAACUUAUGGAGAAUGAAGUCCUGAUAUGUUGAUAUAAUCUGAAAGAACGUCUGGAAAAAUUCGUGGGUUACAAAUUUUAGGAUAUUGUAUGCUAACGUAGAGUUCCCCUUUGCCAAAACUUUUAAUAUUUUAGUAAAAUUCUGGUUGCACUUCUUUCAUAGUCUCUCCAUCGCUAUCAAUGCAAUGUGUUUUAAGAUAUUGAUAUUAAGAUAUUGCAAAAUUUCUUUCUUAAAAUAGUAAUUAUUGUUAUAAAUUAGUGCCAAUAUCAUUUAAUCUUUACUAAAGUUUCUCUUAAUCUUUGUUUUGCUAAAUAAUCAAGAAUUCUCUCAUUAUAUAUAGAUAAUAUAUAAAUCCCCAAGCUACAUUUCUAAGAUUCUAAUGAUUUUUAUCAUUUUUAGUUAACCAAAAACUAAUUUCUCUUUUAAAUGACAUAAUUUCAGGGCAUUCAAAAUGUCCUCAGAAAUGUGUUUAUGAAAAUAUGUACGUGCUGAAUUGUAGCUUUUUUCUAUUAUUUACUCAGCAAACAACAGUAAAUAAAAUUGAACUUAAACCAGACCCAAAAGAAGCACUUGUGGUGGCUGCUGCUGAAAAGAUGGGAUUGAGACCAGUGGGCUGGAUAUUUACAGACCUUGUAGCUGAUGAUCUAUCGAAGGGAACUGUCAAGAACUUCAGAGGCAAUAUCGUGAGUGAAUACAAUUGAGUCGUGUGCUUUUUUAUACUUGACCCUAAAACUGUCAUAUUGGCUGAUCUUUGGCCGUUAUACCCCAUUCUGUGGUGUCACGGCCGAUAUAAUCAGGGGCUAGCAAAAUCUUCAUUAAAAAUGCAAAUGAUUUAAUGUAUAUUAUUUAAGGGGAAACUCUGUAUCAAUGAGUUGGCUUCCUAUUUCUGUUAUUAUCUGUGUGUUAAUGUGCUUUUAUCAGGAUUUGUUUUGUGAAUCAGGUGUGGAAUUUUCUCAAUUUUUUUUUUUUACCAUAAUGUCUGAUGCUGGAGAGGGUACCCUCUAGAUUUCAAAAUCAACACAGAAUUUCUUUAUUGGAAUUAGUUCAAAUAUUUUAAAAUGAAGGCAAUGAUUUCAGAGAUAUUCCAUAUGCUAGCAAUGACAGUCUUCGCUCUAGUGUUGAUGGCCACUUAAGAGUCAGAUAUUUACAAUUUUAUCCCUAAGCUUAGUCAUAUUGUUAUAGACAAAUUUGUUUGGGAAAGGGUGGAAAUCUAACAGAAAAAGACCCAUAUUGGAUCCUAAAGACAUUUAUAUUUGUAUAUGUUCUGGAGUAUUAAUUAAUAUAAAAAAAUGGAUUUAAUAUCUUCAAUUGAGAAGGAAUUUUUGAGCUGAUUAUGUGCUUUACCCUUGUACUUUAUAUGACAGAAAUUUGAAGCUAGUGAGAAAAAAAAUAAUAAUUAUACAAUUUUCAAUAUAAAUAUAAGUAAUUAUAACUUGUCAUUUUCUGAAAGAAUGUUGGUUCUAGUAUCUCAAAAACUUGAUUUAAUGAAAGUUUGGACAAUUAAUGAAAUUCAAAAUUUUACUCACUCUGUAAAGGUCAAGGCCAAUAUCAACAUGCAUAAUAUAAAAACAAAUUCUUUUCAUACCAUAAGAUACCUUGUCCAAUGUACUUUCAGAAAAUGUAUAUUUGUCUCUGAAUUCAUUUAGUCUGGGAUUUUUGUCAUUUUUGACAAGCAUAUGAAAAUGCUAAAAAUGGCUUUACACUAUAGAAAAAUGUUAUAAUUGUAGGGUUAGUGCUUGUUUAGAUGACCUUUACAUGGGCAAUUCAUAUUUUUAUUUUCCAGUUUUAUAAUUAUAGCUUUUAGAUUUGCAAUGGUUACAAAAAAAUAUUUUCUAAGAACAUUAUGCAAUAAUUAAUAAUGAUUCUUAUCAUAUUGAGGAUUCUCACUUCUUGAGUGCUGAGGAAUGCAUCAUGGCAGCCGAUUACCAGAACAGAUUUACCAGCCCGUGCAGAUUGUCUCCCGACGGACACUUUGGAUCAAAGUUUGUAACCGUUGUAGUAACUGGUAAGUAUGAAGCGCAAUAAGCACUGAUCUAUAUGGAUUUUUAUCUCCAUUUCUUUUAUCUAUCAAAAUAAAUAAUUCUCUAUGCAACAAUAACCCUAACCCCAUUUAACUAAAUAAAAUUCCCUAUAACUGCACUAAAGGAGAUUCUUCAAAAUACUGCAAGUGCAUUUGGUGCCUAAUAUUUUCUUUUGUUUCAUGGAAAUGGUGUGAUAAAUCUGCGAUUACAUUAGAAUAUUAAUAAUAUAGUUCAGGGGCAGUUGUGUACAGGGGGUGGGUAGCACUAUUUGGGAUUCUUCUAAAUGUGUUACUUGAAUGCAAGUAACUAUAGUACAUGGGCAUUUCACACAGUGUGGUCGCCAUUGUUUGGCGGUUUAAUUACUAGUAUAUCAUAAGAGCAGCAAUUAUAUGGGGAGAUCAUAUACCUAUGUUAUUUUGCUCACUGCCAGCUUCCUUAUGCUGGACUUCAUUUUGCCAUGAUAAGUAAAGCUUUUGCAAUUCAUUUCUUAUAGUUUUUGUUCAGCUUUUGAUUUCUAUGCUAGGUGACAAUGACAACCAGAUUCACUUUGAAGGCUAUCAAGUAUCCAAUCAAUGCAUGGCCCUGGUCAGAGAUGACUGUUUUGUUCCAACAAAAGAUGUGCCUCAGCUGGGAUUCAUCAAGGAGUCUGGCAAUGAACAGUACGUGCCUGACGUCUUUUAUAAGGUACGUAAUUAUUCCAACAAUAUUUCAGUUUUACUUGUAAAGUGUUAGUUAUAACUAAGUAAAUUCCCUAAGAAAACAGUACAAACACCUAAGAGAAUUGUACAUCAACAAAAGAAAACAGUACAUCAACCCAAGAAAACAGUACAUCAACCUAAGAAAACAGUACAUCAACCCAAGAAAACAUUACAUCAACCCAAGAAAACAGUACAUCAACCCAAGAAAACAUUACAUCAACCCAAGAAAACAUUACAUCAACCCAAGAAAACAUUACAUCAACCCAAGAAAACAGUACAUCAACCCAAGAAAACAUUACAUCAACCCAAGAAAACAGUACAUCAACCUAAGAAAACAGUACAUCAACCUAAGAAAACAGUACAUCAACCUAAGAAAACAGUACAUCAACCUAAGAAAACAGUACAUCAACCUAAGAAAACUUCAGUUUUUAACAUUCCUUUAUUUGGUAAUUUAAUGACAAAUGCUGACGAUUUAAAUUGAAAACAAAAAAUUAAUUAUUAGAGAAGUUGAAGAUGUUUUAUUGUUUAUAUUUGACUCAGGACAAAAAUAAAUAUUAGAGAAUUUGAAAAUGUUUUAAUGUUUAUAUUUGACCCAGGAUAAAGAUAAUUAUGGUAAUGAAGUGACUCAUAUUGCCAGACCACUUCCAGUUGAAUAUUUGCUGGUCACAAUUCCAGCAGCUUUUGCAUCAGACUUUCACUACACCUUCAAAUCUAAUAUUCAGAUGGAAAGUUUUCCUGUUGAGAAUAGGGAACAUGUUGGACAAACUCAGGUGAGGGACAAACUCGGGAAGGACAUAUUCAAUUGAGGGAAAAAGUCAGGUGAGGGACAAACUCAGUUUAGAACAAUUUCAAUUGAGGUACGAGAGAAAACAGGCAUAAAAACUUGUAUAAGAGACUUGUAACUUGUUUGGCACGCAUGGCUUUCAAGGAUAUUGUCAACAUGGUGAUAGCUAUUGGAGGAAGAAGUCGAAUAACGUUCCCAGAAUUGGGAUCAAAACAGAUUAGGGAGAGAAAAAAAUGUGACCUUUCAGGUAAGAACUAACAGUGACCAAAAAUUAUUUUUGUCAAGAGCAAGAAACUUUAAAUGUCACAAAACUAAGGUUGUCUUUACCCACCUUUUCCACUUAAUUCUUGAGUAUUUGGCCAUAGGGUUUUUAAAGCUAAUUUGAUUUUUUUGACUGAUUAAAGUUCAAUUCACAAUCCAUGUUGACUGUUGACGUGACAAACACAAGAAAUGAAGCAGACUAAACAAGUCUACCUCUUAAGAGCUAUUUGAUUUUAUAUAGCACCUUUCAUAUUGUAUGAACCACAGAAUCAAAUAUAAUUCCCCUGGGCACUGCUUCUCACUGAACACUCCAUUCUUUUCCUUAAUGCUAUACUGAAUUGUGAAGAGUUAUUUUAAUUUGUUUUAGUAUGUUGUGAGAUGCAUGCAAAAAAACUAGCAUGAAGCUAUAAAUAAGUUUUUUAAAUUUCUUUUUUUUUUUUCCUCUCUCCAUCAGGAUUUUGCUGCUUUAACGUCAUAUCUGAAAAGAUUUCUUCCAAACAAAUUUUUGGAAGCCAUGUCUGAUUUUCACUUGCUUAUAUUUUUGGCAACAUCUGACAUGUUACCACUUAAGGUAAGAUUACUGGAAAAACCAAUCUAUUACCUUUGAAUAUGGUACACAAAUAAACUGUUUCUAUUUAGGUAUUGUGGUCAAGUCAGGUAUUUAGUUUAAUUUCAAACCUUGGGCUGAUGUAACGGAUGCUUCCUGGUGACUUGGUUAAGCAGACAGAGAAGGGCAGUUUGUUGUAGUACUGUGCUUUCAAAUUGUUUGGUUUGUUAGCAAUGUUUGCAUGACACAUUGGAUUAAGUUUUCUAUUGAUGCAUCCUUGUCUUUCCAUGCUAAAAAAUUUAGAUAAAAAAUUAUUUUUUUUAAAACUAACUUUAUGAACAAAUGUUUUUUUAAAAAUAUGUACGCCACAUUUAACAUAAUAUGAGAUAAAAACAUAGUAGUACUCCUUUUGUUUCCCCAUAGUUUUUACCCUUAAGAAAUAAAAAAAAUUAGAUUCCCAUAUUUUUAUGAGCAACAAUUCUUCUAAAAUGUAUUUCUUCAGGAAAAGAUGGAUAUACUUUUUGAAGCUGUUAAAAACCACAAUGAGACAAAAGCGUUGGAUUUUAUGAAAACGGAGGAGUGGGCCACAGUUGAAGCGAUGAUGUCUGAUCACGGUAAAUAUUCAUUUAACUUUAUUUAAAUAUACAUUUUCUUGAUUUAAAAACUCAAGUGAUUUUCAAUGAAAAGUUUAACAAUAAAUUUGGACAAAAACAUUUUGUAAUUUAAACAGUCUUGCGUGUUUCACUAAUGUCAACAUUUAUAGGAAUCAUCUAUAUCCUGACCUAUCUAUAUUUUCAGCAAGCAUCCAGGGAGCUGUUGCAUCGGGUCAGGACUCCUCACAAGCAGGAGGCUCAAUGUGGACUUGUGUUCACUGCACCUUCAUCAACAAACCUAUUGACAACACAUGUGAAAUGUGCUCCUUGCCUCGGUCUUAGACUUUUUUCCCCCUUGCCUUCUCUGUUGAUACUUGUAUUACUCUAGCUUUCGAUGGUUACCCCUCCAAAAAUGUCUACAUAUGAUUAAUAAAUGUAAGAGGAGAACUUUUGCAGGAUUCUCUGCAUUGAACUAGGAGCAUUUAUUUAUUCAGAUUUCUUAGAGCUUUUGAGAUUUCUUUUUCUCCAAGUUUUAACAUAUCAACAUACAGAAUGGUUUGAAAUAUGAUUCUUAGAUAUUUUUAAAAGCACUCUCUGGAACUUUAAAAAAGUUAAUGCUCGAUCGGAAGUUUUUGGUGAUUCAAUAUAAUGCAAACGUAUUGUGAUUAUGUUCAACAUAAAGGCAUGUUAAUAGUGGAUCAUUUUCACAUAAUACCUAUAUUAAAAAAAAUGUUCGUAAAUAAAUUUAAUCUUAAUAAAGAAUCUUAUGUUUUAAAGCACAUAAUUUAUAUAGCAGCAGAUAACUUUCUUUAAUAAAUUACAUAAUUUUGUUAUUUUUAUGGUCAUAUAUUGAGGAAAGUAUGUUUCAAUUAUUAGUUUAUUUGAGGUCAAAUCCUAAUCAGGAGGAAACAUAUUUGCAUGGUUUGGGGUUUUUUUCAAACAUUAACAGUAAUUUUUUUUAAGUAUCACCUAGAAAAUGGGAUAGAUGAUUUUUUCAACAAUUUUGCUGCAUGUUUCACCUAAACCUAGCUAGAAGUCAGGGUUACCAUGUUAUUUAUCCCUUCGAUGAAAGUAGCAAACUUACCUAUUCCAAGUUAGAGCUGCUUUACUGUUUCAAUGGCAAAUUUACUAAUGCCAUAAUUUACUCUGUAGUUUUCACAUGUGAGGCUUGAUGUAUUUGAUUAAAAAAUCACUUUUUCUUACUCUUGUUUUAUAUUUUUAAGGAUUAAUUGAGUCCCAGGUGUUUAAUUGUCUGAAGUUACAUGAUGAAAUUGGUGGGGAAGGACUUACCCUAUGUAUGUUUCCGAGCCAAUGUUUAGCAAGUUUUUAAAUUGGUCAACAUGACUACAUGCCAUGUAGUUGAUAAAAAAAAAAUUGUCAUUAAAAGUUUAUUUAUCUAAGCUGUCUUUCUUUCUUUUUUUUUUUUUCAAAACUUUUUUUUAAAUUUAGUUUUGUGUUUAAA